AUGGCAUCUCCAAAUCCUCAGACAAUACACUGGCUCUUCGUAUUUUUCCAUAAACUCAAUGUCUCUGAAGAAAAGUCUCGCAGAUUGUUGGAAGAUCGGAAGUCAGAAUGCGACCAACUUCGCCAACAGUUACAAGAUAAAGUAGUCCAAAAGGAUGAGAGCGAAGCGAAUCGGAAGAUGAACGAUCAAAUUAUUCGAGGGAAACAAGAAGUAAUAGACGCUCUUGACCAUACCUUAAAAUCUUACAGAGAUACAUCAGCAGCAGCACGCUGUGAUGUUGAUCUGGUUACGGUUCCACCUAGACCACACACUCCCUGGCCCGCUGAACUGGUGAUUAGCCAAACAUCUUCAGAGACAACGCUGAACGACUCUCUCGACUCACAGUAUUUUGCAAGCGGCGUCAUUCGACAGCCACAAAAGAGGGGGAGCGAGGCAGAAGCGGAAAGUCCAUUUAAGAAACAGCGUUUAGAUUAG